UGUUCGGUGUGAUUGCGUACCCGGAUCAACUUUCGGAUCGUCAUCAUCGAUCUUGAGCUCGUUCUCAAGCUCCCUGUAUUCACAAAUACAAUAAAAUGAAGUGCUUCACAGUGUUCGUCGUUGUUGCUGUCGCAGCCGCCGCUGCACAGCACACCGAAGAAAAGUACGGGCCACCCGAACCAUAUGCCUAUUCGUAUGCUACUGAAGACGCGGAGGGUUCGUCGUCGGCUGAACAGUCAACUGAUGCCUCGGGCCGUGUGACGGGUAAGUACACCAUCUCACUGGCCGAUGGACGCACCCGCACAGUAACCUACUGGGCUGACGAAACCGGUUUCCAUGCCGACGUUGUGACGAACGAACUCGGAACUGAAUCGAAGAAUCCUGCCGAUGUUACAAUCCAGUCCUCGGCACCGACUGGUCCCGAAGCUGCUCUAGCCGCCGAGCCCCAACGCGUCAAGGCUAAGGCCUCUUACGCUGCACCUAUUUACGCGCCUGCCCCAGCGGCUUAUGCUGCACCGGUUGCGUAUACCGCCCCAGAGCCAGUUCACUAUGCGCCCGUGCACGCACGUUACUACAAGAGACGAGCUUAAAUUCGACGGCGAUGUUCUUGUGCCCCCUUAUCCCAUGCAUACUGCUUUCUCUUGCAAAAGACCAAACUAGUUCGGUUUAAAAUAGUCUCCUACUGACUGAACAGUCUCCGUUUACUGCUCUACAACAAUAACAACAUUAUACUUCAGCAGAGGACAAUGUACUGCGUAUUACCGAUCGCGCACGCGUGUUUUCCAUGUGUUCUAGGCUCUUCCUGAGAUUUCGGUGUUGUCUCCCACGCCACAAACGAUGCAAGGCUGAGCCGUGAACACGUAACAUUUGGAUCGUACAACUAUGGCCAUCACUGCUGCUACUGCUUCUUCUGAACGAAUGACCGGACAACUAAGUUAUAUAUAUAUAUAUAUAUAUAUAUACAUAUAUAUGUAAUACGUGACCUGCUGAUGCGUUUUGGAAAGUAAUGUUUCGUCAGGGGGCACCAAAUGAUCAAUUAAUCUUUUAGUGUUGAUCAGGAUUUCAAACAUUCGACCCCGUACUUCGAGAUACACCUUCGUAUAUCCCCAUAUAUCUUCGAGGCUCCAGACACUCUUCUACUCCCUGAACUCAUGUCUGUAUAGAAACCAAAUACAGAAUAGCACCCCCCCCCCCCCCCCCCCCACUCCCGGCUCUUCGUUUAGUUAGCCGUUCGAUAUAUUUAAAGUAAGCCUUACACGGACUCUGCUUUUGUGCUUGUGACCAUACUUCAACGAAUCCGAUCAUAGGUGUUGUUGCGUCUCAUGAGUUCAACUUGCCUCAGCGACAUCGAUAGUUGGAUUACGGAGCUAACUAUGAUUUGAGAAUAAUUAGCAGACCCUGUCGAACGCGGAACAUCUGGUCACUUGACGUGGAAGACGAUGUUGUGUGGGCUGUAUUAAAACGAAUAGAAAAGAAAAACAAAGUAUAUUCAUUAAAAGUAAUUUAUUACUUCUAAAAUAA